AUGGUUAAGCAUGAGAAUUUUGCUUUAUUCUCAAAGUCCUAUGCAACACCUGGUCAUCAGGGAGGUCUGUUGCAAUCUUAUGGCACACCUGGUGGCUAUCGGGGAGGAUCUAUGCCUAAUUCAUCCGGAUCACAAGCACAGACAGACUGGUGGGGAACUCAGAAAGGACCAAACCAUACUAAUGCACAUUCAACGAACGUGGUUGAUACACCACUUGAAUCAGAAAAUCCUAAAUCAGCUAGUAACUCUUGGCAAAUUCAAAAACCUGAGAUCACACAGAACUGGUUGGCAUCUUCCACUGCUGGAGGAAUUCAGAUGUCAGAAUAUGGGAAAGGGAAUUGGCAGAAUCUGCUUUCAAGUCUGGUGCAAGCAGAGGUUGGCAAACUUUUGAAGGGCAAAGGAUCAACAGGAGAAGCAGGAAGUGGAUUCUCUGUCAAAUAUGCUCACUUAAUGACUUCUCAGGUAGUUCUGUUACUCUUUACCUUAGUUCAAAUGUGA